AUGAUGAUGUUCGAUGAAUCGCCACAGGCGCAGCAGGACAAGCGAGGCUACACAAGCGUCAAAAACGAUCAAGAAUUCGACAUCGAAUCCGGAGAAACCCUCUACCCCGGUCUCAGCGUCGGCGAAAAUCAACUCCGUUGGGGUUUCAUCCGUAAAGUCUACGGAAUCCUCUGCGCUCAGAUCCUUCUAACCACCGUCGUUUCCGUCGUAACCGUUUUCUAUGCUCCUCUUAAUCUUCUCCUCAGGGGAAAUUCUCCUCUUCUCCUGUUCCUCGUCUUCCUCCCAUUUAUCUUUUUGAUUCCUUUGUUGAGGUACCAACAAAAGCAUCCUCAUAAUUAUAUUUUGCUUGGACUUUUUACCUUGUCGAUUAGCUUCACCGUUGGAGUUACCUGUGCUAACACCGACGGAAAAAUUGUUCUCGAGGCAUUGAUUUUGACCUCUGCUGUGGUUUCUUCUUUAACUGGUUAUGCCUUUUGGGCUUCCAAGAAGGGGAAAGAUUUUAGCUACCUUGGUCCUCUUUUGUUUACCUGUCUGUUUACUCUUGUUCUCACCGGCAUGAUGCAGAUGUUCUUCCCUCUUGGACCAGCAGCACAUGCUAUCUAUGGUGGAAUUGGUGCUAUGAUUUUCUCUGCUUACAUUGUCUAUGACACUGACAACCUGAUCAAGCGCUUCACUUAUGAUGAAUACAUUGGGGCCUCUGUCACUCUUUAUCUGGACAUCCUGAACCUGUUCCUUUCCAUCUUGAGGAUUCUGAGGGAGGCAAACAAUUAG